UCUCUGUCUGCCUCUGUCUGUCUCCCUCAUGAAUUCACAGACAGUAGAGAGAGGGCAAGGAACAGAGGAAUAGCCAAAGCACCAGGGAGCAAAAACAGGAGCGUUCUUCAAGUUUUUGGCUCUUCAUCAAUCAUAGCACCAAGAGAAAGAGAAUGAUGGCCAAGGAGGGAGCUGACUGAAGCUUAAGAGGGAGCUGCGUUUCACUCACCCAACUGUUCUUCGAGUUUCUUUGCUAGUUUAUUCAAUUUCUGUUAACACAACUACCACCACAAGCAAAGAGAGGUGAGUGAUUUUCUCUCCUCUGUGUUUAAUUUGGUCGAAUGGCCUUGUGAAAUGUAACCAAAAUUCUGGUUCUUGGAACGGUUAAGGUUUGGGCUCAAGAGAAAAACAGGGACAAGUCUUGUGUAUUUGAUCAACAAAGAGGUAAGGGUUAGAAUAGUUAGAUAUUGAUUUUAGUUGUAUUUGGUGAUUAAAUGGCAGAAACCUUUCCAUUGAGUAUGCUUAUUGACCAGUCAGCUGCUUGAUUCUUGGAUCUGUAUGUGAAUGAUUGUUGCUUUCUUAAUCAGCACUGUUUACUUUGUAGUGGUAAAUGGUAAUGUUCUAAUAAACAAAAAUCAAGUACUAAUGGGGACUAUUAUUCAUUUGUCUAGAGUAGUUUACUGAUUUCAUGUUAAUUAUUUUUGUUGCAUGUUAAUUAUUUGGCUUGGAACCACUUUCCAUGUACUUGGCUUUCAUGGAUGAACUCAUGAAAAACGAAUUGGAAAAAUGGUCAAAGAUGGGGCGAAUUGAGUUGCUGACUGAACUCAGAAGGCUUACAUUCAAGAUCAUCAUCCACAUUUUCCUUGGCGCCUCCAGCACUUCUGUUAUGGAAGCUUUGGAAAAGGAAUACACUAAGCUUAACUAUGGCAUGAGAGCUUUGCGCAUUGAUCUUCCUGGUUUUGCAUUCCCCAAAGCCUUCAAGGCUAGAAAGAAUCUAGUUAGCAUAUUUCAAAAUGUUGUGAAUGAGAGGAGAAAGGAGAAGUUAGAAAAUCCAAACAAAACAACAAAAGAUAUGUUGGAUCAACUGAUUGAUGCUGAAGACGAGAACGGUAGGAAAUUGGCUGAUGAUGAAGUGAUUGACAUUAUGAUAAUGUAUUUGAAUGUUGGACAUGAAUCUUCUGGACACACUACCAUGUGGGCUACUUUGAUCCUUCAACAGCACCCUCAGUAUUUCCAAAAGGCUAAGCAAGAACAGGAAGAGAUCGUAAAGCGGAGGCCAGCAAAUCAGAAGGGUAUGACAAUGAAGGAAUAUAGGCAGAUGGAUUUCCUCUCUAAGGCAAUUGAUGAAACUAUGCGCUAUAUUACCUUCUCUUUAAUGACAUUCCGGGAGGCAAAGCGUGAUGUCAAACUGAAUGGUUUUCUUAUUCCCAAAGGUUGGAAGGUUUUUGUUUGUUAUAGGGCUAUUCACCAAGACCCUCAGGUUUAUCCUAAUCCAAGGAUAUUUGAUCCUUCAAGAUUCGAUAUCUCAAUGUUUUCCAAUACAAAUUUCUGGUUGGCCAUUGGAGUUAAUGGCUUAUGCUUAUUUAGCUGUUAGUCCUCCAAGCAUGAUAGCGCGAUCUGAAGAGAUGGCUGCAGCAGCAUCAAAUAAAAGUACUGCCAAGAAAGAUUCGAGAUAUCCUGAAAUAGAGGAGCAAGCAUUGUGCGAAUCCAGUAUAUCAAAAUACAACAAUAAUUUGUAAUCCUCUUUAUAUUCAUUGAUACAUGGAAAGUAGUAGUUUAGACAUGUUUCAUUUUUUUUUACUCUAUUGUUGAAUGAUUGUUCAAUUGGAUAGUUGGAUCCAUUGUUUUAUGUACUAAUAUAUUGUAACAUUACAGUGCUUGUGAAUCUUUAGAAUGUAUUUGCUGUCUUUUGCUAGAAUAUUUUUUAGUUUAAUAUAAUUGUGUAUUUAUUUUUAUUUUAUAA